AUGGCCAGAUCCCUCCAGGUCAAGUCAUCGGAUACCGCACCACAAACCCUAUAUUGCAUUAUCACAGCCGAUCCAAGGAAAUGGGCCUUUGCCAACAAGGCCUGGAUCCCCCAUUUCUGGAAUGGAAGGGACCUCUGGAACAGUGAGAGCUCGCUACAGGCCCAAGACGAAUAUCUUCAAAGCGUUGGAAUGGAUCCGGCAAAGACUUUCCGCCUGUCUCAGAUCGCUGGUGACGAGGAGAAGCUCCAGAUGGUCAUUCCCAAUGCGAGGACCAAUGCCGAAGAUGGCGGUAUGAACCUGAAAGUUGAGUGCAAGGACUCUGUGGACGAUUUCGAGGAUAACAAGCCUGAGCUCGAUUACUACAAUUGGCCAAAUGUCCACGGCACACCGCAGCGGCUUCCAUGCCAAAACACCCAAAAUCCACCAACUGAAUGA